AUGGAAGCUCUCAUCUACCAUUUCACCCUCCUCUCAGAUCAAGCCUUGCAAGACAAGAGCUUUGAUCCAUCCACCAUUGAAGAUCUCAUGAAACUCUUCGAGAUCGAAGCAUACAAGUCAUGGGCAGCCAUGGAACAAGAACAGCAAAAGGAAGUUGAAGAGGCCGAGACCGAGUUGCAACAAGCCGAGGACUACCUUGAAUCGGUUUUGGAGAGCGCCAUGGACGAGUUUAGACGCUUCGAGGCGGAACUCGAAAGCAGGUCAAAGGCUGAGCUGAAAAGCUUGGUGGAAACUGGCGAGAAGGCGAGAAAGAUGGGGAACUUGAUGGAAAAGUCUGCAUCUUUCUUUGAGAGACUGGAAAUCAUAGCAAAAGGCCUUACUUGAACAGCUUGUGUACAUAUAUAAUUGUGGACUUAUUCUACAAGCAAAAGCCAGAGCCUGCAACGAUCUAGCUCGCCAGCGAUAAGAUAUGAGGGUAUAACAGAUAUGUAGCGGUCGUACCGGCGAAACUGGUCCAGGAAGUUGAAAAAAUCAUGUAUAGGUCAAUUGGGCAUGCAAAUAUUCAAGAAAUAUUAAUGCAGAAAAUAUGAUCAGACGUA